UUCACAUUUCGCAGCCACGUAAACAAGAGGAGCCGCAACUUGAGUUCAAAAUAGUGCUGAGAAAAAAGAGAAUCGCUAUACCGCAAUUUUUUGCAGUUGGUGAAGGUUAAAAACAUCCAUAUCAAUCGAAACGUGUAACUGCAAGCUGAAACUUAGGUUGUGUGGGUAAAGAUAUCCGCAAUCUAGGCCGUCCACUGCCGAAGCAAGGGACAAGGGACGACGAUUGCAGGCAACCAAAACAACGAGUGCGUACGUGGCGAUUGUUUUUCCAUCAACCAUGUCUGGAUGGGUAUCCUCUGUUUACUCGUGCAUUGUUAAGAAACCUGCUUCAGAACAGGUUGAGGUUAUAUUAGAUCCCAAUGAUGUGAAAGAGACUGAUGCUCCUGAGUACAGUGCUGACAAGAAAACAGAUAAUGUAGAGGAACCCCAGCAAUCACCAGGAAUGGUGUGGCGACUAUCUAGUGGCGUUUUCAAUACAGCAACUGGAGCUGUCGGACUGGGAGUUGGAGGUGUAAAGUGGGCAGCAAGUAAAGGCUAUAAUGUAGGAGCUGCAGUAGUCAGUGGGUCUCAAGCUGUUGCCAGUAAAGUUCCAGUAGUCAACAAAUUACCAGGUCUUUCAAAGAAGGACAAAAGUGAUUGAAGUAAUGAAACUGAAAUAUGUUAAGAAGUUAUUUUUAAACUCCACUUUACGUGUCAAAAACAGAUUUUUUCUGAUGAAACAAUUUAUUUUGGUGCAUGCAUUAUAAAAAUGCAAAAAUGUUUUUAACUUACACAAGGUAUAUAGAUAUUUAUCAGACAAUGCUUAAUACCUUGGUGAUUAUGAAAAUGGCCCGAGUCUGUUAUUAACUCAUUUGCAGUUUACUUCACUCAGUUUUACUGGCAAAAAUGAAAGAAUGGCGCUUUAAGUAACUAAGUGUAGGAUUUUACACACCUAGUAAGUACAUACACCACUAAACUUAUCCUGCUAAAAUUAUCUGAGGACUAAGUAAUACUCUACCAUUUUUUAAAAGAUAAAUAUCAAGAAUAAUUUCAAAAAGAGAACAAUAAGAAAAAAAACGAGUUUACCACUUUCUGAUAUACCAUUUCACCCAUUAACCACCUUGGAAUAGUUCUAAAUUGUGCAAGAAUGGAACUUGAGGGAUGGCAGAAUUUGAAAGAUUAUUGCUGAAGUAAGGUCAAGUACUUUUUAAUUUCCCCAGAUUGUUUUUGAGUUAUGGUUGAAUGUCAGGAAAGAAUGAUCAGAUGUUGGUUAUUUGCAAAAAAAUACUGUUUACCCCAAUAAAUUCAUGUUUUUCAAAAGUUUGAUCAUUUUUUACUGUAAAAUCCUACACUGUGCAACUUAAAGGAGUGUUAUAUUUUACUUAAGGAGUAUUAUGUAAAAUUGAAAAUAGAACAUGAAAUCAAAGCAACCCAUGCAGGUAAAAGGUCACAUUCAUUUUAUCAUUUUGUUUUCAGUCUUGUAUGUCUUAAAUCUUAAAUGCUGUGUAUCGGCAAUCAAUUGCAACAAAUGAAUGGGUCAGAUGCCUUCAGAUUGCCCUAGUAUAGGAAACAGGAAAUAUGUUCAACUUAAUGCCUAAAUUUUAAAGGUCAAUCACUAAAUUAUAAAUAGGGAACUAUCUUUGCAGACAAUCCCUUUCUUACAAAAAUGAUGAAUUUCCAUGUUGCAGAGAUCAUUGCAGGAAUUUUGCAUUUUUGAAUAGUUAUUUGCAUUUAUAAGCUUCUAGUUCUACUGGCAUAUCCUUUAGAACAAGUAAAUGAAUAUGAUGUUAGAUUUUAACUUAUCUGAAAGAACCUGUUUCAAACCAGGUUGUUGUAAGCAAUUGGAUUGGAUUGGCAUUUGUUAUUAGCUGUUAACUCUUAUCAUCUUGUAUGGCUGUAAUUAUGGCUGUAAGCCUUGAUGCAUCAUAUUUCAUGGAAAUCUAUGCAGUUGUUUGAUGUAGAUAUGAACAUCAUUUUAGCAAACCGUCCCCAUUUAUUUAUAAAUGAUCAUCAUUUAUUCACUGCACUUUGACAAGAAUAUCAUUUGCAUUUUGCUUACAUUUUAACUUAGAGGAAACUUGUCAAUUGAUGUUAAAACUUGGAAUUAUGCUCCAAUUCAAAAUUGACAUAGGGUAGUAAAAUCAAUUUGUAUAGAAUGUUUCUAAACUUCUAAACUCUAAAGGUGUUCCUUUUUUUGUAAGUGUUGUAGGUGAAUGAUGUAAAUAAAAACAAUCAUAAACAAUGGUGCAUAAAAAUCUGUGAUGCUUAUUCUAUUUUGAAAAUUCGUAAGUUGCAUGUUUCCUGGAAUUGGUGUUAAGUAAUAUAAGCAUGUUGCAAGAAUAGUACUUUAAAUAUUUUCAAUUUUUUUCUUUAAAAAAGAGAAAUCUUGUCAUUGUGAAAAGGCAUGAUUGAAUGGGUGCUAUUGCCUUUACAUUCAAUGUUCAGAAUCCAACCAUUUGACCUGCACAAUUAUUUUGUCAGUAUGUGUAGAUUUUAUGCAUAGAUAUAUUUGCCAUGGGAUAUUGUAUCCUCGGUGUUAUAAUGAUCUGUAAUAUAUAAAGGUUUCAUAAAUACAUCUAAAUGAUCUCACUUAAAAUGUCAGACUUUCACUCCUUGCAGGCUUAGCACAUGAAUGCUCAGUGGUAACACAAUACAUUCGAGAAGUCGGUUGUUUGCCAUUACUACAGUAGUAAAAGCUCUUAGAUUAACGUGUGGGUUUUCAAUCCCUCAUAGUACAUUUAAAUUGAUUACCGUAAAGGGAUGACAGCUCUUCAUUUUGAUGGGAAAAGUGCCAUGAAAAGAAUAUUCCUGGGGUAAUCGUCAUUUUUCUUUUACUUUUCAAUAGUUAGUGAAUCCUUUAUGAGAAUCAAUGUUGGCCUAUUUUUUUAAGUUUGGUUUUUGUAAUAAUUUCUGAAAAGUAAAUUAGGAGUGUAGCCAUCUAUGAAGGUUCACAUGAUCAGAUGGUAUGCACAGAUUUCACCAUUCUUGUGGUAAAAUGGAAUUUAUUAUAUUGCUAUGGCUGCAUUCAGAACAGUGGACUAACUAGUCUGAGGGUCAAAUAUGGCAAUCCACUAAAAAGCUUGCCAUCCAAUCCCCUAAUAGAUAUUGUAUAGAUUCCUGGUGGGGAACUUUUCAAGUGGGUGGGCUAUAUAUUUGACCCUCAGACUCGUUAGCCCACUGUUAGGAAUGCUAACAUUCUUAACAUUUGUUAGUAGCAAUGUAUUUAUUGCAGAAUUUCGAAUCUCAUAUGAAGAGUUGUUAUCCUUUUAAUGGAAGGCCUGUCAAUUGCAAGUCACCAGAUGUUGCAAUUUUUCAGUAGUCAAUGGUUCAUCAGUAAUCUAUUAAGAUCAUGUUAUUGCAUUUAUACUUUCAGCAUAAUGGCCUUUACAUAGUACUUCUAGUCAACAUGUUCUGGUCUCUGUACAUAUGUAUUGGCAACUUUACUUAGUGUCAUUUAAAUAGUAAAAAAAAAAGGUUCAAAGAGUCGGUGAUAAUAGCCAAGUCAUGCAUAUUAGGCAAUUUAUUGUGAAGAAAAUGUUUUUAUCAACAUUUUUUUUUUCUUCGAAUCUUUUCUUCCUUUUGUAUAUAUAUGCCAUACAGAAUACAUUUCUUGGGUUUUGGAAUGGUUACUCAUUAACAUAUUAUUGUUCCCAGUAUUAUGUUCACAGUUAUAUGUUUAUAU